AAAAAGCAGUGAGGUGUUGAUGAUUGUUGAUCUGAUUUGAGGGUGGUCAACAGGCGCAUGAGCUCAGCUCAACUCUUCCCGAACCCCCAAAACAGGCAAACCUUCUCAUCUUCCUCUCUCCCUUCCCCCUUACUUCGAUCUCAACUUGACCAAACAAAACUACCAAAUUAGAACUCAAUCCAUCCAUCUACAUACCAUCCAUAGUCAACUCGAUCGAGCCCCAUGAAGUUCGGGGUGACCAUCAAGGAUGCACUCCAUGAAGAAUGGUCAAAGUAUUACGUCGACUAUGCUGGACUCAAGAAGUUCAUCAAAUCUAGACAGGCUAAGAAACAGUGGGACGAGAACGACGAACAGGUCUUCGUACGAGAACUAGAUCAAGAAUUACAAAAAGUCGCCAACUUUCAAGAACGAAAGAUCUCUGAUUUACACCAGAAGAUCAGUUUAUAUGAAGCCGAAGUCAAGGAACUAAUCGAAUCCAACUCGGGUCGCCGAUCCAAGCCGGCCUCCAACGAGGACGAGAACGAGGAGCCACCGACGGAUGAAGAGAGGAUUGAGGCCACCUUGGGCAGCACGAGUGACGACGAGCUGGACGAGGAGGCAGAGGAACACUAUGCCACCCUCGAAUACGAACUCACUCAUAUCAUCGCCGACGUUCAUGACCUGGGUCACUUCUCCCAUCUCAACUACACCGCAUUCAUCAAGAUCGUCAAAAAACACGACAAAAAGACUGGAUGGGAGUUACGCCGAGAGUUCAUUCAACACCACCUCGAAACUCGGCCGUUCUAUAAGGAGAACUACGAAGCCCUCGUCGUCCAACUCUCGCGAUUGUUCAACCUCGUCCGGACCAGAGGUCAGCCCCCUGUCGGCGACAGUGCUGCCGGCGGCGGUCAAAGCGCUUUCGUGAGACAAACUACUAAAUAUUGGGUUCAUAGAGAUAACUUUGUUGCCUUGAAAUUGUUGGUUUUGAAACACCUUCCCGUCUUAGUUUUCAAUCCGGAUAAAGCAUUCGAGCCAUCUGAUUCAGCGAUAUCAUCUAUAUACUACGACAACGAAGACUUAGAGCUUUACUUAGGUAGAUUAGAGAAGACGGAAGGGGCAGAAGCGAUCCGAAUGCGAUGGUAUGGAGAUAUGUCAGUGAAACAGAUCUUUGUUGAACGCAAAACACAUCGAGAAGAUUGGACGGGCGAGAAGUCGGUGAAGGCCCGAUUCAGUAUCAAGGAGGAACAACUAAAUGAUUAUCUGGCGGGGAAGAUUACGAUGGAUGAGCAUUUCGAGGCGAUUCGAAAAAAGGGGAAGAAGUCGGACAAGGAGGUAGACUCGAUGAUCAGAUUGGCUAAGGAAGUGCAGGAACGAGUCAGGCAGAAGAAACUUCAACCUUGUGUUCGCACGUUUUACAAUCGGACCGCGUUCCAACAACCUGGAGAUGCUCGGGUCCGGAUCUCAUUUGAUACGGAUUUGACGAUGGUCAGAGAGGAUAACUGGGAUGGCAAGACCAGGCGACCUGAUAACAAUUGGCGUCGGACGGAUGCUGGGAUCGAUUUCCCAUUCCCCACAGUCGAGGAAGACGAUAAACACAUCUUUCCGUACGGAGUUCUGGAGGUCAAAUUACAGACUCAAUUGGGACAAGAGCCUCCGGAAUGGGUCAAAGAAUUAGUCUCGGGGCCAUUGGUAGAAGCCGUGCCGAAGUUCUCGAAAUUCAUUCAUGGCUGUGCCACCCUGAUGCCCAACCGAGUUUCGUUGGUGCCCUUCUGGCUCCCUCAGAUGGAGAUCGACAUCAAGAAGAAUGAGCCGCUCAAACUCAUCGACCGGCCCGCCACGCUCUCACGCCACCCGUCAGAAAUCAGACCCUCAGGGAACAGGAAUGGCAAGAGUAAUGCCGACCAAGCCCGACCAUACAGCGAGCCUCUAUCGGAGGAUGAAGAGGGGAUCGAGGGCUCUGGGGAUCGGUUACAGAAGGCGUCGAGUCCGGAGACGGAAGGCCAAUGGGCCGGCUUAUCGGCCGAUGUAGCCACGUCGGCCACGGCGAGUCGGGUGGCCGGGGCCAAUCCGGACGGGGCGCCAAGCUCGACCGGGAACAUUGUCGAGGAGGCCAAGGGUCUUGCGCCGCCGGGGAGCUCGCCGGAGCAGCUCGAGGGGGCGAUGGAGGUGGACCUUGAGGCAAACGAUAAUCCCUCGGGGACAGAACAACGGCCGAGCGAGCCGGCCUAUUUCGCCAAACUCACGCCGGGCAACUUGCGUAAGAUGUUGAAGGCCAAAGCUAAGAUGUUGAACCAAUCCGACCGGAUCUUCAAGAACCUUAGAGGGCCUAGUCAGGCCGUCGACUCACACCCCUCUCGUUCUCUUCCUUCUGAUCGAAAUCCUGCUGAUGAGGAUGAUGAUGAGGACGAUGAUGAGGACGAUCAGGGCCCCAAAGUCGUCGGCGCUACCGCCCCUAGAUCCGCCGCUGUUCACCCUAACCUUCCCCACUCUUCAUCCGCUUCUCGUAAUGCUGUCGAAUGGAUUCGCUACUUUAAUGCCCCUAAAGGAAAGAAAAUCGCUAUCCCUAUUCGCAUCGAACCGAAAGUUUAUUUUGCUACUGAACGUACAUUCUUUACAUGGUUAGAAUUCUCGACGAUCUUAAGCGGGAUCUCGUUAAGUUUAUUAAAUUUCUCGCCGAUCAACGACCGAACCGGCUUCCGAAUCUCGGUGAUCUUCACGAUCCUUGCGUUACUUUCGAUCGUCUAUUCGACCCUGAUCUUUGUGAAAAGAGUCCACAAGAUUCGCACGCGUCAAGCCAGUGGGUAUUAUGAUCCCGUGGGACCUUCAGUGCUGUGUGCUUGCAUUCUCAUCGCCGUCGCUGUGAACUUCUACCUUCGAUUUUCUGAUCAGAAUGGGCUUCCUAUUCCUUCUACUCCUUCCAUUUAAUCUCCUCAAUCUCCGUUUCUUCUUUCUUUCGUUCAUUUCAUGUUGAGGUUCUCUCUAUUUCACCCCUUGUCAUCGCUCUAUCUUUGAACUCAUUUUUCAAAACUUCAUCAUAAAAAAACAACACACCUAUGGUAUUGCCUUUCUCCUGUCAUUCUAUUAAUCAUCAUUUUCUUAGAGUGUUUUUUUCUUAAUUGGGUAGAAAUAGAGAUGACAUGUAUUUUUUUUCUUUCUUCUCUUUCUAAGUAUCAUAUGUUUUUUUGUUUUUUUGGGUGGGUUGUGGGGCUCUUUUAACUUUUUCAUCAAAAAUUGACAAGAAGAGACACAUUUUCAUGUAAUCAGGCCUUGAGUUGUUUUACUGAAGAUCUCCUUCAUUUUAAUUAAUUAAUAUGUUGUUGGUGGUCACAUACUGUUAGUUUGGUUCAAAAGAUUUAUUUCUUUCUUAGUUCACCAUCUCUUACAAGCAUCUUUCUUUUUUUUCUUUUUCUUUAGUUUGGUAUUCAUCUCACAGUACUAUGUACCUUUUUUUCCCUUCCUGUUAAAUGCAUGUUUUCUAUUGGUACAUGUGUAUCUGCACUUUCCUCAUGUAAAUUAGAUUGAUUUGAAGUCAACCCGG